AUGAGUUCGUCGCCAUCUCCUUGGUAUCAUCCAUCAACUAUCAGCGGUGAUAACGGCGAUUCAGCUUUUUCUGAUGAACCACCACCAACAACAAUGAAUAAACCACCGUCAUCAUUAUCAUUAAAUACUGAUUGUACAUAUACAAAUCAACAACCAAAUGACAAUUAUGGACAUUUUUUUGUUAAAAAAACAUUUCAUAAACCAACAUAUUGUCAUCAUUGUGUCGAAAUGUUAUGGGGCCUAAUUGGACAAGGAUAUUAUUGCGAAGUAUGCAAUUUUAUUUGUCAUGAUCGUUGUCGAAAAUAUGUCAUAUCGCCAUGCUCAAGCAUUGCACCUAUACUUAUAAAAAAUCCCGUGUGUCAUAUAUGGUCGGAUAUAUCCCGGUUUAAACGUAAAUUUUGCAAUAUAUGUCGAAAACGACUUGAAGAUUUUUCAGCUGUACGAUGUGAAGUAUGCGAAUAUUAUGCACAUGAAGAUUGCAAAGAUUUCGCUGUUAAUGAUUGUCGUGAAACAGCGACUUAUGUACCAACAAGAGAUAAUUCAACAACAUCCGUACGACAUUAUCAUCAUUGGCGUGAAGGAAAUUUGCCAACAAAUUCAAAAUGUGCCGUAUGUCGAAAAACAUGUUGGUCAAGUGAAUGUCUUGCUGGUAUGCGAUGUGAAUGGUGUGGAAUAACAACACAUAGUACUUGUCGUUCACGUAUACCAGAAGAAUGUGGUUUUGGUACAUUAAGAGAUAUAAUAAUCCCACCAUAUGCUAUAUCAAUUCCACGUAUAGUUGAUCUUAAUAAAGAUCUUAUAUUAGGUAUUGGAAAUAAUAUGUCAAAACCAAUACAAACUGCUUCAAAUAAUAAUUCUAUUCCACAAGCAUCAGAUUAUGUUAUUGUUGGUUCAUCAAGUACAACUGAUUCAAAAAAUUCUGGAUUAAUUACACCUGAUUCAUCAAAACCAUCGAUUGUUCAACGUCUACAACGACAAUCAUCAUUUGUUUUACCAAGAAAAAAAACUUUCUCAACAAUAUCGAAUCAAUUAACAUUACAACGACCCAUUCAUAGGGUAAGAAGUUCAUCAACAGAACAUCCAUCUGGUGGUGAUCCUGAAACAGGACCUAUUUAUAUUGAAAAAGAUCCUCGUAGUCGAGGAUGUGGAGAAACAUUUUCAACUUCAAAUGUACAAAUGGAAAGUGCAACAUCAACGUCUAGUAAACCAAGACGAGAUAAAAUACAAAAUAAAGGUCAACAAGAUGAAGAAGAAGAACGAGCCGGUGGUGAUCAACCACUUGAUGAAACAACACCAUUAAAAUCUCUUAAACAAUUAUCCGGUCGUACACUUAAUAUAUAUAUACGAUAUAAAGAACGUGGUGAUAUGGAUUUUGAUUAUGUUCGAGUUUAUCCUGGCAUUAUUAAAACUCAUGAUUGUUUUAAAGAAAUUAAAGUAACAUCAUCAAGUACAACAUCAGAAGUUAUUGCUAAAGCUUUAUCUAAUUUUGGUUUAACAAAUGUAAAUGCUGAAAAAUAUUCGCUGGUCGAAGUUUUACUUAUAUCAAGUGCUAAUUAUACAGAUCGAAUAUUAGAACCAGAUGAAUAUCCUUUAUAUGUUUUACGACGACAGAGAAAAGUAAAUUUAAACUAA